AUGGCUCUUCCAAGAUUGAGGUUCGUUUUCCAGCCCCACUUGAAUACAAUCGUUUCUCAUACAUAUACAAAUGUAUUCCUACAAUAGCUCUCUCUCUCUCUCAAGUCUAUACCAUUUGUGCUCCUCCUCCUCCUCCUCCUCCUCUUACAAAUUGGCUCAGCACUUGCGUUGACUCAUCCUCCUCUCAUCUUCUCGUUUUUGAUCGCUUUUUCUCGUAUCUCAUCAUUUUGAAUAGAAAUUGUGCUCAAAGAAUCAUUCUUCGCUCACAUACUAAACUCAAAAGACUUUUGUGGUGAUGUGUGUUCCUCCGGACCUUUCUCUUGCGAAUAGCAGCAUAAGACAUAGACAGUCACUUUAAAACGCUUCUUGAUCGAUGAACACAAAUAAAAUGGCAUAGAGCACAGCGAAAAAGUUCACUGACUCGUAGGACAAGAGCAAGGAGCUGUCAAGCAUGUCGCGCAUAGCACCAACUCUCUCUCGAUUUCAGGGUGAAUGCAAGCAACGAGGAGCGUCUGGUGCACCCGAAUCACAUGGUCUACCGGAAAAUGGAGAUGCUCGUCAACCAGAUGCUCGAUACCGAUCACGGUGUGCCGAUCAAGACUGUCAAGAGCUUUUUGUCGAAGGUGCCGUCGGUGUUCACCGGACAAGAUCUCAUCGGGUGGAUUAUGAAGAACUUGGAUAUGACUGAUCUUUGUACGUUUUAUAUCCUCGCCCUAUCAUUGUGCAAUACACAUUUUCAGCCGACGCUCUUCAUCUCGCCCAUCUCAUCGCAUCUCACGGCUACCUAUUCCAAAUUGACGAUCACGUGCUGACCGUCAAAAAUGACGGAACUUUCUAUCGCUUUCAAACGCCCUACUUUUGGCCCUCAAACUGUUGGGAUCCGGAGAACACCGAUUACGGUAGCCACAUAUCACGCAUCUCAUUCUGAUAUUAUCGUUCAGCUGUGUACUUGUGCAAGCGAACAAUGCAAAACAAAGCGCACCUGGAGCUGGAGGAUUUCGAAGCCGAAAACUUGGCCAAACUGCAAAAAAUGUUCUCACGCAAAUGGGAAUUUGUAUUCAUGCAGGCCGAAGCUCAGUACAAGUUCGUCAUUGUUUGGCUCUGGCGCGAGUGUUUGCUUUUACGUUGAACUCACCUCAUUCACACCUGAUCUAACACUACAUUUUCUGUGUAUGCGCGCAUCUACACGACACUUUGCAACCCCGCAUUUUUGAACGAGUCUGGUCAUUUCUUUGAAACUAUCUAGCUUGUGAAAUGCUCUUACAGGGAAAGUGUCUGAUUUGUUCGCAAUGUUUCAUACUUGUCACAACAGACACUUUGCUUGUCAGAACAUUUUUUGCGGAAUCUCUUCGCGCUUCUCGCAGGAGCGAAAAGGGAAAUGAGGAGAAGAUGAAUGGGUGGUGGUGGUGGUGGUGGCCGACAAUCCGAAAAGAUUGGAAAAAUCGGCGCCUCUUGGCUGGAAGUAAUGGAUAAAAGGAGAUGGAGAAGGAGGCGUGGCGAACAGAUUAGAUUCUUAGUUCCUUCUUCUUCGCCUUCUUCUUCUUCUUCUUCUUCUUCUACCCACCAGCCUCCAUUGCAUUCAAUUCCAUCUGACUCUUGCUCGAGAGAAUGGGCGUUUUUGCAAAGUUACGCAGCUUGUUUUUCUCCAGAAAGACGCCGGUCGAACAGACGGAGACCAAUGAAAAGUGGGUCCAUAGUAUAUUAGCGGACAAUAGACUUUUUGACAAGCUGUAAUUCGCCUCAACUUUGAUCGAUCCACCUCUGUCAGCAAUUAGAAGACGGUUACUGGAGUAGAGACUCGGAAAGUUGCUCUGAGCGCUAAUUUAGUACACAUUGUAGAGAUACUCGAAGUUUUGAGAGCGCCUUCUGGUAGCUAAAGUACCGUACCUAAACUCAAUCUUCUCCUCUCAAGUCAAGUUUACUUUUUAAAGUUUCGGGAUGAUCCGUGCAAUAUACUCUAACUUAAGACAAUAGUUUUCACGUCUAACGGCAUGGUAGCAUCAGUCAAGUUUGAACCGAAUUGCAGCUUUUCAGAGUGAACUAUUUUGAGCCGCUAUCGUAGAUACAAAAGCUUACUGUGUUUGUGAAUUGGUUCCUGGUCCGUCGUUUUUGGAGUGUUGUCACAAGUUUUCAUGAACAAGUGGUACAAUUUCUGAUAAAAACCUAGAAACACCCGAGGUUUGUCUACUAGCCCACUAACUUAUCCACCCUGCGCGCGCCCCAACAGCAAUGCUACACACAAAUAAAUCCAGGACGCUCAGGGUGGACAAGAAGCGCGAUCGACAAGAGCGUCAGAUUCUCGACAGUCAGGAACGCGCCUUCUGGGACGUGCAUCGUCCGGUGCCCGGAUGUGUGAACACCACCGAGGUCGACUUCCGCAAGUUGUCACGGUCCGGACGGCCAAAGUACAGCAGCGGGGGGCAUGCGGCGUUGGCGGCUUCUUCUUCGGGUAUUGGAUGCACUCAGUACUCGGCAAGUGUGGCCGCCGCCCAUGCUAGUCUCCCAUCAACGUCAAACGGAAGUGCCACGUCACCAAGGCAGGAUUCUGCGUCGUGUUCUUCCUCUGCGGGAGCCGCUAUGUCGGCACCGUCAACGUCCACGCCACCGGUCACCGCGUUUGCAUCGUAAGCCAUUCACAAAUAUUGAAACGAUCCUCACAUUUCUUUCUCAGAACGAGCAGCGCAAGCUCUGGCUCAUUCCGCAACAACUACUACGCACGGCCCGGGUUGCGACGAUGCACUCAAGUGCAGGAUACGUUGAAGUUGGAGAUUUGUCAGCUGAAUAGUCGACUCUCGAAAAAUGUGCUGAGGACGUCGAAAGUGGUGGAGAAGUGAGUGGAGCUGCUGUCGAAUCAAUCAACUAAUCGUUCAACUUUCAGCUACUUGGCCUACUACGAGGACCGCCGCGUCUUCGACUCUCUGCUGACACCUCCCGGCACCCAGGCGGAUCCCUUCCAAUCCAUGCCGAACCCGUGGAUCAAUGAUACUGUCGACUUCUGGCAGCAUGACAAGAUGUGAGUUGGAUGCAUCCGCACUCGGAUUUCAACUUUUUCAGCACGGGCGACAUACAAACCCGUCGUCUCAAGCUGUGGGAGGACAGCUUCGAAGAGCUUCUCGCCGAUUCGCUGGGUCGAGAGACUCUCCAAAAGUUCUUGGACAAAGAGUAUUCGGGCGAAAAUCUGCGCUUCUGGUGGGAGGUUCAAAAGCUGCGCAAGUGCAGCUCUCGAAUGGUUCCGGUGAUGGUUACGGAGAUUUACAACGAGUUCAUCGACACGAAUGCGGCCACGUCUCCGGUAAACGUGGAUUGCAAAGUGAUGGAGGUCACCGAGGACAAUUUGAAGAACCCCAAUCGCUGGAGUUUCGACGAGGCGGCGGUGAGAGCACUGCAGAGAAUGAUAAUAAACAUGAUGAUAUUAUAGGACCACAUUUAUUGCCUAAUGAAAAACGACAGUUAUCAGCGAUUUUUACGCUCGGAAAUCUACAAGGAUUUGGUGAUGCAGUCUAGGAAAAAAGUGAGUCAAACACUCUUUUUUCAGUUUCUGUGCAUCCUAUUGAGACCGUCCGUCGGCGAUGGUUUAGCUCAGUUCACCUUUCCUUUUGGAAUGUUAGUCUCGGCCUUUACCUCGGCAACUUUUCCCCGCGAUUCAUGUGUCUUUUUCCGAUUGGAUUGAAAGCUUCAGGAAUGCUCGCCACAACGUUGAACACUUCUGAUUUUGAGUCUCAUUCUUGAAUUCGAAAAUGACAAUACAUAGUAGGGAAUACUGGCAAAAACCCAGCGAGCUAAGAAUCCUCAACAAGUUCGAUCACUAACCUCUAACAGCAUGACGUUCCCUCUGGAAUCCCCGGAAUCAUGGAAACCCUAACCUCCCACUCACACCAUUUAAGUUCUCUACCUUCUUGACACCACACAACUUCUUCUUCUUCUCUGUCUUCUCCCCAACAUCCCAAUGCCCCGCCUCUCCGUUUAACUCUCAAUUCAGACAACGUUUACGUCGCUGAUCGCGCGAAAAGCGUCGCGACGCAUUGGUUCGACAAUAUCGCGGAGCAGUGCGCCGAGCCAGAAGACGUUGCACGCGAGCGCGUCUCUCGGCUCGACUCUUUCCGGUGGCGCCGGCUCGUCUUCGAUGCUGACGACAGGCUCGAGUCAGAAUCUUCUGCUCGCACCGCCACAACACCAUCUGUACGUGUCUCUCUUCCUUCCUCAUUCCUCCCCGGCCCCCCCUUCCUCUUCUUCCGACCCUUCAAGCCUUGGUCCAUCCAGUGGUGCCCGUUCGUUCAUCGUUAUCACUGGUUAUGACACCACUGUCUGUCCGCACCUCACUUUAACACACUUUGUAUGUCCUGUUCCACUUUGCAUGCCCUUUUUUGCAUGGGGCUUCGUUUGGAUUGAAUUUGAAGCCGCUCGAUUACUGUGUUUCUUUCGCUUGCUUUUGUUUUGUUCUCCGCAGUAACUUUCUAAUGGGUUUGAGGAGCAAGUGACCCAUUUGCCCUCAAAGAGCCCCUCAGAAAGGAUACGCCUCAAACACGGUUUUUGGUAUCCGUCUCAAGCAGAGACGGCCAACAUUUUUAUUUCUCCUCUCAAUAUCAUCGCAAGACGACCAUAUCCAUUAUUUCAGGUGAACCAAAAAGGUCCGAAAGGCUUUCUAACCGGCAACUUACCAUCGUUCUCGAACGCUGUCCGAAGCAAUCUGCACGUCGGCCAACAAGGAUCUUCCUGCUCACCAACUUCCAACGCGCCCUCAUAA